AUGAGUGGUAACACAGAACCGACUUCAAACAGUGUGAAAUUGGCCCCAAUGCCGAUGUCGGCAUUGUUGGCAAAUUUGAUGCCCCUGACUCAGUCCCAAAGUCCUGACGACAGCUACACGUCCGCCGACGAUAGCGACGACUCCACCGGACUGACUGUAGCUCAAAAAUCUCCCCGAAAGCCUGUAAAGAAAGAAUUUUCCACGCCCUCCUACAAAGCCACCCAGCCGAAAGAAAUUAAAGAAUGCUCUUCAGAAAAGAAAGUCGCGCUCAGUGAGCGUAAUAAAGAGAACUCCGAUAAAAUUUGGACGUCAAAUCAGACUUAUCCAAACAAACAAAGCAUUAUAUCUAACAGUGCACAAAAGAUUAUAGUUCCAAAUCCUUAUCCGAGUUCAGAGGUCAAAAAGCGCGGUGUACUGAUGACGCACAACAAUAACCCGAGAAUAAUACAAAGCAAUAUCAGUUCGGCAGUCAAAAAAACACCAGAGAUGAAGCCUCCAAGUAGUACAAACAAAAUAAAAACUAGUACACCUAAAUUUAAGUCUGGCAUAAGGAAAUUCACACCAGGCUCAGCAAAGAACAGCAAUAAGAAGACACAAGCGCAAAACUUAAUUCAAAAUAGGGAUAAAGUGAGAUGUGAAUUAUUUACAAAAAAGGAUGAUCUAGAAAAUAAACCAGAAAAUUCACAGUGUCUGGCUCCAGUGCCUGUAACUCCCGUGAACAGGAAACCGUUGCCCACUUCAUAUGCUGCCACUCCAUCUUACCCGCAAGGCCCAAUGAGCGGCAGUCACAAAGUGUUGUUUAAGACUACCAGUAUAAAAGACAAGAAGUACAUGUUUAUUAAGAAAUUAGGUGUUGGAGGAUCAAGCGAAGUUUAUAAGGUGUUAGAAGUAGGGACAUCAUGCGAGUAUGCCGUGAAAUGUGUGUAUCUGGCCACGGACCAUGAGCUGGCGCAGGGCUACAUCAACGAGGUGCGGCUAUUGAGAGAGCUGCAAGAUUCUAACAGGGUUAUCAGGCUUUAUGACUAUGAAUAUGACCGGGCAAAUCAAUUCCUGCGUAUGGUAUUGGAGGUGGGCGAGACGGACCUGUCGUCGUUUCUGAAAGCGCGCGCGGGCUCGCUUCCGCCUGCGCUCGUGCUGCAUUACUGGGAAGAGAUGCUCCACUGCGUACACUACAUCCAUGAACAUGGUGUAAUCCAUGCGGACCUGAAACCGGCGAACUUCCUUCUAGUGAGUGGACGUUUGAAGCUCAUUGACUUCGGCAUCGCGUCGGCGAUCAGCGGUGACGCGACUAGCGUGGUGCGCGCGCAGGCCACGGGGACCUACUCCUACAUCAGCCCGGAGGCGCUCAUGGGCGGCGCCGGCGGCUACGGCGCCUCUAAUGGUGAAGCGCCUAUCAAGAUCUCAUUUCGGUCGGACGUGUGGUCAUUGGGGUGCAUUCUGUACAGCAUGGUGUACGGGCGCACGCCCUUCGGACACAUCCCUAACCUGGCCAAGUUAGCUGCCAUACUCGAUCCUAAUCAUCGGAUUGAAUACCCGCCUGUGCAGCACCUCCCUCCAUCACUAAUAUCGGCGCUCAAAUGGUGCUUAACAUACAACGCACGGCAGCGACCUACAGUUCGUGAACUGCUGGCCAUUCCGUACUUGCAGCCGCAGCUCCAACCCUCGCCGCAGCCAAAGCUGCCGCAAGCCGUGAUCGAGAAGCUGCAAGUCGCGCUCACGCCACAAGAGUACAAACUUGUCCUACAAAGAUUGCUGACGUAGAAUAAUUUGUAAUAUUUGUUGAGGUGAAAUUAUUGGAGUUUUCCAUGUAAUACUCGGUGAAUUAAGGUGUCUGUGUGUAGUGGUUAAAUUCACUAAGUUCCAAAUGGUGCCCUUGAACUGAUAAGUAGGAUGCUUGACUAGUUGUAUCUUGUGUACCCGCUUGUUGUUCUGUAAGGGUGCGUAUAGAUCUGGCGAAUGGGUUGCAAAUGCACCUGUUUGCUAAAGGCUCGCGAACUGCGCACGUGCACUACGUAGUCCGAUCUGUUCGCGCGCCACAUAUACUAGCUGCACGCAAGCAGCACGCAUGCAGUACAUUCGCCAGAUCUGUACGCACCCCAACUAUCGUAUAUGUGUAUAUAAAUUCUGAAAAACAAGAUUCGGUUUUUGUGUACAGACACAUACCGCUGGUUUGUUUGUGCAAUUUGUAUAUGUUUGACGUUAACGACUCAUAAUAUUUUUUUCAAACUCUGAAAUUAUUUAUUUAAGAGCUUCGGUUUAUACAGCCAAAGACAAUUCAUUUUGCAACUGAAAAAUGCGUAUCUGUCAAGUACUAUUUUUUAAUUGAGACACGUAUUAAAAGAGCUUUUAUGUCCGAUAUUAAAUGUGUAUCGUCAAAGUAGUCACUCGGAUUUCAAGCUCUCUUAUAUUUAUAAGAUUACAAUCACUUGACUAAGCUGUUUCCACACUACUAUGUUAUUAACGCGUAAUCGGCUCGAGCCCGUCAGAAAAAGCUUUUAAGUCCGUGGAAUAAUAGCGAAAAACACGUAGCGCGUUUCGCUUCCAUCCUAUUACAUGGAAAAAUCCUAAGAGAAAGUUUUUUCAGACCGACUUAAUGUAAUACCGUAACAAGAAAUGUGGUGACUGAUUAAGGAAUCAGGACUUAAUAGAGCCGAGUGACGUUUAUUAAUAAGUGGAUAUUUUGGCAACAAUCAAUGAGUAAUCGUGGGUACUCAAUACUUACUUAAUAAGAAAGACUGUUGACUUCAUUAAAACCUUAAUAUUAGACUUUGUACUUGUGACAGGACGAACAAGUCGUGCACCUGGUGGUAAACGACACGCCUAUCCGCAACAGUUGCAGUGCCACUCGGAGCUAAAGAUCUUAGAGGCUCAGCCAUUGCGCCACUCUGAGACAUAAGUUGACAAGUCCCAUGUGCCUGUAAUUUCACCAGCUUCCUUACCCUUCUAAACCGGAACGCAGUAACGCUCAUAUUACCGCUUAGC